CUUUUCGUUAAAGACAAAAUCGUUAAGUAAAAAUCUGAAUUCACAAGUUGUUCAAGCGACAGGAAGUACUUCUGAGGUGGCCACCUACUGGAAAUCAAGUUGUGACAUGAAAACCGAUCUUCAGUUUUGGAGAAACCUUUCGCACGGGGUGGACGUUUCGCUGAAAUCUGAAAGCGUUGUUUGUAGAGUUGGCGCCGACUGUACAAGAACCAAUGAGAAUGAUGGCACUAUUGAAGAUCCGCCAAUUGUUUUAGACCUCCAAGAAGGCGACUGGCUAAACAUUCAGUUACUCGAAAAUAAUAUUGGCCAAAACGCAAACGAAAGCAUUCAGUACAGAUUAAUUAACACAACUAGAGACGGGAGUCUUGACUGUAUGGAGAUGACGUCAUCACAAACUGUCGAUGAAUGGAGACCAGGAUCGUACGAGAACUACACUGUCAAAUUUGAUCUUUUUAUUCCCGGAAUAACCUAUCUAAAAAUCGGUCUAAAGUCGACGAAUGUGCAGUGUGAGCUAGUGUGGGCUCUAAAAGUGACAACACGGUCACUAGAGUGCGUUUCAUCACCUACAGAGAAAAAAUGUUCUGGAAAAGGAAUCUGUAUUGCCGAUUCAGAGAAGAGCAGCUUUACAUGUCAGUGUUGCCCAGGAUAUAUUGGUCGCUAUUGUGAAGAGAGAGAUGGUUGCCAUGGAAACCCUUGCAAUCAUGGUGGAUUUUGUGUAGAUAUCACAGAAGGACUUGUUGAUACUACUUACCAAUGUCUUUGUCCUCAUGGCUAUCACGGACAGUCAUGUGAUGAUGUGGUAUACCUCUGUGACAGUCAACCAUGCUUGAACAACGCUACCUGUUGGGGGAAUCAGACAGCUUACAGUUGUGGUUGUCAACCAGGCUUCACGGGCAAAAAGUGUGAAAUAAAUAUCAAUGAGUGUUUGUCAAAUCCCUGUGUUCACGGAGUUUGUGAAGAUGGUGUUGGAGGCUACAAGUGCUACUGUUUAACUGGUUACGGAGGCGAUCAUUGUGAAUUUGAAUACGACGAAUGUGAUUCUAGUCCCUGUAUAAACAGUGGCGCUUGUGAAGACCUGGUUGCAGGAUACAAAUGUCACUGUGGUCCAGGAUAUAAAGGCCGAAGGUGUCAAGUGAAAAUUGACUUAUGUGAAAGUAACCCUUGUCCAAGUCCAGCUCAGUGUGUCGACAAAGGCAACAACUACAGCUGUAUCUGUCAUCCCGGCUAUAAUGGAGCAGGCUGCACACAACAUUUCGACCCCUGUUAUCCCAAUCCGUGUGAGAACGGUGGAAAAUGCUGGCCUCGUAUCGACUCCUUCUUCUGUUCCUGCUCACCAGGGUACACUGGAGAGACGUGCACAGCUGAAUUUUCAAAUCCAGCCAAACCAAUGGCACACACUCAAGGAAGAACUGAACAGCCGCUAGAGGGUAUUAGUGCUUCCUCGGAACACGUUCACAGCGUCUAUAUUGCCGUCUCGACAUUGGCUGGAGCCUGCCUGGUCGUUGUCAUUGUGAUAACAUUAUGUCAUUUUCGAGUACACAAAUUCUACCAGCGUUUUGUUAGGAAGUAUGGUCGUUCUAGAGUUGAAAUAAAGAAACAAAAGUUUGAUGAUCCAGACAAGUUUUCCUUAAAUCUCCAGGAGAAUACCUCUACUUUUAGACCGUUUUCUGAUAGCGUGUACGAAGCUACCACAAUAGAUCUAACGGACAAUCUAGACCGGCCACUCAUCGCUUGAGUUAUUGUUUAUUCCUGGUUCUCCUUCUGUCUCAUCUUGUCUGGUUGGUGUGAUAAGGUGAUUUUCUAAUAGAGAAUACGAGUAAUCUGAAUUAAGCCCAAAUAUUGCCACUUCAAGUAUAUAAAAGUGUUUCUUUCAUGCAUUAUAAAAUAACCAAUAUAAAUAGAACAAUAAGACAAAGGCUUAACUAGAGUUAUUCAUAAGAAUUUAUGUGAGGAGGUUCUCCAACUAUUCAAUUGAAUGACUGUUUCACAAACACGUUACUCUUCUUAACGU